GAACAUACUCAAACAGCUUAAAUACACCUCUUCUGGAUCCAUCUGGCUCUGGUGAUCCAGAACUGGCCCAGCUCCUGUUACUGUUUUUGGCUGGAGGUUCGACAGAACUAGUGUUUGUAAGCCAUGUUAUAAAUCCAUGCCACUUCUAUAUUCGGAGAUACUCACAGAAGAAAGAAGCAGGGAUUUUGGAGAAGAAAUUGAAAAACUUUUGUUGUAAUAAGAGUUCGUAUCUCUUGCCUUCAGAUGUUUUGGAACUAGGUUCUAGAACUUUUAUUAAGCGUAAGGAAACUGGAACGUGGUGCCGUGGAACUAUCACUGAACUAAUUCCCCUAAAAAGUAAAAAUGAGAGGAAGCCUUGUGGUCCAGUAAGAUACAAAGUUUGUGAUAUUGCACUGCUGGAAGUAUUCCUGAUUGAUUUUGGGAGCUCUGUAGUUCUAAUUUUCUCAGGAUAUGUUCCCGCUGAAAGACCUGAACCUGCUACUCUGCAGACUAUUGAAACAGACGACAUUUGUUUGUUUGUAAGGAAGCCUGAUCAGCAUAUUGAGGCAGAACUUGCAGCUGUUCCUCCUUUAGCAGUACGGUGUUCAUUGAAGGAUGUUGUUCCCAAAAAUGCAAGCGAAGGUUGGGGAGAGGAAGCAAAGACAAAAUUUUUAGGAAUGGUAAAUAAUAAAGUUGUUUUAAUGACCAUAUUUAGAGAAGAGGAUGGUGUUCUCAUUGUGGAUUUGAAAAAACCUCCAUUUAAUAAAAUAAGCAAUAACAUGCCAGUGUCUCUCAAGGAUGCAUUAGUUUUUUUAGACUUGGCAAGGUUUAGAUCACAGCUUCCUAGUCAGUUAGAAAAUAACACCAUCUUGCAGUAUAGUCCACCUAAGAUGCCACAAGAAAGAGAAGUCAUCUCUGUUGUAGUUUGCCACAUUAAUAGUCCAAGUGAUUUCUAUCUCCAGUUGAGAGAUAGCCUGGAUUCUUCAGCUCUUCCAGAGAAAAUUCAGGAGGUAUAUAAACAUGAGUAUGAGAAAAAUUUGGAAAUUGUCUGCCCAGUUGAAGGCCAAGCCUGUAUUGCAAAACAGAAGGAUGGGAAUUGGUACAGAGCACAGAUUAUAGAGCUACCAAGUCCUCAGGAAGUUACAGUAAAAUAUGUUGACUUUGGCAACGUUGCUAACUUAACUCUUAAAGACAUACGCAGAGUAAGAAAGGAGUUUCUGAGCUUUCCAGAAAAGGCAAUCAGAUGCAGGCUGGCUUGCAUUGGGCCUUAUAAAGGGGCAAAUGAGUGGAAGAGAGAAGCCAAGGAAAGAUUUGAAGAAAUGGCUGAAGAUAAACUUAUGCUGUGUUCAGUUGUUGAAAUUUCAGAUAAUAACAUUUUAUCUGUUGAACUCUUUGACUCCUCUGCUGUUCAUGGAAGAAGCUUUAGUAUUAACUGUCAGCUAGUUAAAGAAGACCUAGCAUCCUGCAUACCUGGGUACACUGAAAGUACUGCUGUAAGGCCCAACGAAAUAUGGGAUGUUCCUCUAGAGGAAAUUUCUGAAACCUCAGAAGCUUUAAAUCCUGUAGACAUGGAAUCUGUGGAUGAAGGAGAUUUCAAAUCACUCUCUAAGAAAGAGCUACAAGUGAGAAUUAGUCAUGUUGUGUCUCCUAGUAAAAUUUUUAUACAGCAGCUGUCAUCAGAAGGUGUACUGAAAAGUUUACAGGAGAAGAUGGCUACUAUCUACAAAGGAUCCCAGCCACAGUCCAUGAAGUGGGAAAGUAGUAUGCACUGUGCUGUUUAUGUGCGUGAUUUGAAACAGUGGCAAAGAGGUCAAAUAAGCAGGAUUGUCUCUGAAACAAGUGCAGAGGUAAUACUUUAUGAUUCUGGAGCUGAAAAAACAGUGGAUGUCAGCUGUCUAAGAAAACUUGAGGAAAACAUGAAGAUAAUUAGGACAUUAGCAAUAGAAUGUUCCUUGGCAGGCAUAAGACCAACAGGUGGAAGCAUGCAGUGGACAGCAACAGUGUGUGAAUGUUUAUCAUCUUACCUAACCGGGGCACAAGUAAAGAUAAUCAUACAGGAAAGUAAUGCGGCUUGUGCAUUGCCUGUGAAAAUUCUUUGCAAAGAUGAGACAGGACAAUUGAUUGAUAUUUCAGAACACCUUAUUAAAAGGGGUUUGGCUUUUAGAAACAGAAGAACUGAUAAAGCUGGUGUGGCUUGCUCAGUCUCCAAGGAACAACUUAAAGUACAUUCAGAGCAAGAGAACACACGACUGGAUGGUGGUACUUCAGAAACUGCACAUGGAAAAACCAGCGCUGCUCCAGAGGAAAACAUCACUGUAUCAGAGAGUGAACAAAAAUCAUGUAAAACAUACAAGGCAUUGCUUCAUUCAGGAAUGGAUGAAAUAUAUAAAUCCCCCAUCAUACCUGAAGCGAAAAUUUUUCAAGCUGUAGUAAGUUGUGUUGGACGUGAUGGAACUAUUUACGUAAUACCAAAAUCAUUCGAAAUUGAACUAAACAAAUUGAUGACUGAAAUACAAAGUAACUUCAAAUGCCUUGGUCUUCUGGAACCCUACUGCUGGAAGAAGGGAGAAGCUUGUGUUGUAAGAGGAUCAGAUACCAUGUGGUAUCGAGGUAAAGUUGUAGAACUCAGUGGUAGUAGUCUCCAGGUGCAGUACAUAGACCAUGGCUGCAUAGAGAGGAUUCCUCAGUGUCAUCUGUAUCCAACUACAUUGUAUACUAGUAUUCCUCCGUUUUGCAUACCAUGUCAGCUCUACAAGACAGUGCCAAUUGGAAAUUUUUGGCAGCAGGAUGCAGUAGAUUGCCUUCAAGAACUACUUACAAAUGAAGAGGUUGAAAUACAUGUUCAGGAAUUACCAGAUGACCCAUGGGGCAAAUUGUCCAUCAACCUGUAUUUUGGUGGAAUGUCACUUUCUUCCUUCAUGGCAUACCAGAAGUACUGUGUUGCUGAAGAUUGUCAGGACAUACCAGAGCUGGUGAGUGGGGUUUUUGGGGGUGAUUUG